CUCAGCAUGCAGAGCUUCUCGAUCAACCUCUCCUAUAUAAAUAUAUAAAGAAAGCAUAAUUGUUACUCUUCCUGGUCUUCCUCUGUUGACUGCAUAACUUCAUAUAUAUAUAGUUGUAGAUUGCAAAUGGAAAGUGAUCGGAUUAUCUUAUUUGGGCUUCUAGCAUUAUCUUUAUCUGUUGCUUUAGCAACUGAUCAAAGUUCUCUUCAGGAUUUCUGUGUUGCAGACCAAAACAGCCGAGUGUUGGUGAAUGGUCUGGCCUGCAAGGAUCCCAAGCUGGCUGAAGCCAAUGAUUUCUUCUUUUCUGGGCUUCACUUAGCGGGCAACACAUCAAAUGCAGUGGGGUCUAGGGUGACCCCGGUGACCGUAUCACAAAUGCCAGGGCUAAACACUCUUGGCAUCUCCAUGGUGCGUAUAGACUACGCACCGUGGGGCAUCAAUCCUCCCCACACACACCCUCGUGCCUCAGAAAUCUUGACGGUCUUGGACGGCAGCCUUGAAGUCGGAUUUGUCACGUCGAGCCCCGAAAACCAUCACAUAACGAAGGUGCUACAGAAGGGCGAUGUCUUUGUCUUCCCCAUUGGUCUCAUCCAUUACCAGAAAAAUGCAGGCUCUACAAAUGCCUCAGCUAUUGCAGCUCUAACCAGCCAAAAUCCUGGAGUCGUCACAAUAGCUAAUGCAGUUUUUGGGUCUGUGCCGGAUAUUGCUAGUGAUGUUCUUGUGAAGGCUUUCCAAGUAGACAACAAUGUUGUCACUUACCUGCAGUCCAAUUUUUAAACAAGUCAUUGGUUGUUUAUAGUAAUGGGAACAUCUGCUUGUCUGCUUGUUAUUAAUUGGACGAUUGAGUCCAUCUGUU